AUGGCAACUUCUUCCACCUUCUUCUCUCCUUUCCUUUUCCUGUGCGUGCUGGUUCUUUCUGACAUCAGUCUUGCAGUCUCCCUGGACUCUGGCACAAAGCUCAGAAAUGUCCCAGAGAACAACAACCAUCUUCAAAACCAAGAGAUGUGGCUGCAGCAGCCCAGAAGUGGGCACCACCACAAGCAUGGCUUGGACAAGAAGGAGAGGGUCCAUGCCAUGCCUUCUAGAGGGCGUCCCGCUGGGGAAGAGGCCCUCAGAAUGGGUAGCGGAGCUCCAGCUGUGGAAGAGCUGGUGGCAGAGGGACAGCCAGCAGCCCUGAAACAGAAUAAGGAUGUGUUCCUGGGUUUUGAGUUCCCAUAUCCUGAGAGGGAGAACCAGUCUCCUGGGUCUGAGAGAGGAAAGAAGCAGAAUCGAGAGCAUCGUCGACACAGCCGCAGGGACAGGCUGAAACACCACAGAGGGAAGACACCUGAUGCUGGGCCAAGCUCCCUGUACAAGAAACCUGAAAGCUUUGAAGAACAGUUUCAAAACCUCCAGGCAGAGGAAGCUACAAGUCUGACUCCCACCAUGCUUCUCAUCACUGCACUGGAACUAGCUGUUUCCACAGAAGAGCCUCCUGUUCUUCCAGCCACAUCACCACGGUCACAGGCCCGCUUCAGGCAAGAUGGGGAUGUGAUGCCCACCCUAGAUAUGGCACUCUUUGACUGGACAGAUUAUGAGGAUCUCAAACCAGAAAUGUGGCCAUCUGCCAAAAAGAAAGAAAAACGCCGCAGUAAGAGCCCCAACAGUGGAAAUGAAACCGUGACGGCUGAAGGAGAGCCAUGUGAUCAUCACCUUGACUGCCUCCCAGGCUCUUGCUGCGACUUGCGUGAACACCUCUGCAAACCACACAAUCGAGGCCUUAACAACAAAUGUUAUGACGACUGUAUGUGCACUGAAGGGCUACGUUGUUAUGCCAAAUUCCACCGCAACCGAAGAGUGACCCGGAGGAAAGGGCGCUGCGUGGAGCCCGAAUCGGCCAACGGAGAGCAGGGAUCAUUCAUUAAUGUUUAGGAGGGUGGGACUCCCGCCUGGAUGGUCAGGAGCUGGGGUCAAACUGUUUAUACCUAGCAAUAGGAAUUAGAGGAAAAAGUCAAGCAAAUGACUGAAGCUGCAGGCUCUGAACAUGCCAGGUUCCAACAAGACUGAAGCUCAUCUUAACUAUAAAUAGAGUGGCCUCAGCCUUUUCCAUACCAGAACUGCAUUCCCCCUCCCUUCCCUCAGCACAUUCCUGCCAUUGAGCUGGGUCCCCCUCUCCUGGUUAGUAAGAGAUGAUCAUGACUACUGUUCUGAUGGUCCUGGCGGGAAAGGGCUCUGCAGUUUCAUCUCCUCCUCUCAACAGAGGCAAGAUAUGAAAGAUCCUUCAGGUCAAAGGGGAUAUGAGCUUAAACUUUACCCCUUAACUAUUGCUUGAGAAGAAAGGUAGAUCCUCCUUAAGGAUCAGAGGUUCCUAGAGGAUAGGAAGCUUGUAGCCUCCAGGUGGAAUCAAAGGUGGGAAACCGAUCAGCAGGAAGCUGGCUGCCUAGGUGAGAGGGGACCCUCUGACAGAGCUCUUGCUCUCUCCCUUGUUCACCGUUACAGACAGAUAUUCCCUGGCUGUUACACACUACCACUUCCUACCUGUCUUCUCUGGGACCAUCCAGUCCCGCUCCUUCCUUCCUUUCUUGCUUCCAGAGAAACACCUGGUUUCUGCAAGGAUGUGGCAAGACAUCCCAGCCUGCAGCUCUCACUCAUUUAGCUAUCCUGCCAAGUCUGUUAUUUUUAAUGAUUAUUUUUAGGAGCUUUCUGGGGAAGUGAUAGUUUUCCUAGUGAGCCAAAAAUAAAGUUUUUGGUAACAGGAGAUAGGGACAGACUGUUCCAUUGUAGUAAA